GCUUGUCAUUUGGCACGUUCAAGUUUUGGUUUGGUUGCUUCGACUACACACUAAAUUCCCUACCCUUGUCCAAAAAAAAAAAAAGAAUAGAAGAGUCCCAAAAAACCCCUAAUACAAUGUCGCAGCUGAACGCGGAGGCCCAGCAGAGGCACUUCGUCACGCGGAGCAGCUACGAGGGAGCCUGGGACAGGCUGGUCAAUGUGAUGGACGGAUUUGGGAGCUAUCGCUAUCCGGAUGGAAGCGAGUACCGUGGCAGGUUCCAACAGGGGCAGUUCCAUGGCUUUGGACAUCUGCGCCUGGCCCAACCGUAUCGCUUUACGGUCAAAGGUGAGUUCGAGAAUGGGCGCUUGGUCACGGUGGAGGACAUGUGGUUCUCCGAUGGCCUCCAUGUCGAGGGAAGGUUCCGCGACAUGAAGCUGGAGUGCGACAAUUGGGACUAUUUGACGCCCGCAGAUCGACGCUACCAUGCCGAGCGGCGUUAUGGCCAACAGCCGGUGGGACCCACUGCCUUCAUCACGGCCAAAAUGCUGCCCAGGGAGGUCCCGCAGCACUGCUACGAUGUGGAGGAGGGCCUGUUCAACAGUAAGACCUGCUGGAUGACGGACCGACCGGGUCCCCUUCGCAGCCGAAUGUACGUGGGCUGUCAGCAGGAUAAGGAUUUCAUCAAGCGACACUGUAGGAAGGCUAGAACCUCGCGGGUGAUUGAGCCACCUUCGGACUUCUGCCGCCGCAUCAUAGCCAACAAUUUGGCCACGGAGAGGAACCAUAUACGAAAGACUGCCAUAUAUGCUCCCAAUGGAGAAGUCCAUCGGGAGCGGUACUACCACAAGCUGACCAAGAAGCGGGGUCAUACCAAGGAGAAGCCUCUGCAAAUGGCUCGAAGGCGCUACAUGCCGCACAAUGAUCCCGCCUGGGAGACGGAGAUGUGUGUGCGUGCCUACGGCAGGAUGCUGGACAAGCGGCAGCAGGAUCAAGAGGAGUACCGCAAACUGCAUCCUUGCGCCGAGUUGCAGAAGGUGGACAGGCCCCGCCAAUGGACGAGUACCUCGGAUGUGCGCAAUCCGGAGUCGGGUGGCGCCUCCAGCUGCCAGUCGUACAGCAUCGGGGAGGACUCACUGCCCCUCGACGUCAUGGAGACCUACCGAUCCGUCAGAGCCAUGAUGCAGAAGCGGGUGGCGGACAACAUCAACGUGGUGCAGUCCAAUCUCAUACGCCACAAUAGUUACCUCGACAUGACGCGUUCCAUUUUUGAGUUGUAGAUCUUGUAGAUCGUAUCUGUUUAUGUAGUUUUCAGUUUUAAAUUUUAGUUAACUCCGCACUGUAGGGAGGAAUAAAUU